UUCACAUCAUGACCUUGAAGACAUCUUCAUUUCUGCCCCAUUCUAUUACAAUAAUAUGAACCUGGGCACUCGAUAGCAUCCAGCCUAGUCGACUCUUCGGUUACAUGAGCAUUAUGACGACCAAAAUUGUACCCACGCCCAUCAGUCAGCGGCCUGCCUCCAACGACUCCGCCGAAUCGAGCGAGAAACUCGUCUCCUCUCGACGGCUCAAGAAACGAGAGAUUGACCGGCGGUGCCAACGGCAAGCCCGUGAACGUACCAAAUCUCGAAUAGCUCACCUGGAAGGCCUCGUCGAAGAGUUUCGCCGUCAAGAUGCCACCGGACAAGUAGCGCUUCUGAUGAAGCAGUUGCAAGAGGUGGAAGCUGAUCGGAGCUUGAUGGCAAAAACAUUGAAAGACAUUCAAAAGGCACUCGACCUACGCAAAUCCUCAGCAUCACACGAGGAACACAUAUUCCUAGACGAAGAUGAUGAACCGAAACCGAACAUGAUGUCCUUAUCCGAUGAUACCCCACUAAACCUCAAGACCGAGCCGGAGGAAGAUAGACAAGUGUCUACUGUCUGCAGUUUCGACAGAACCAACUUCACUCCUUCUCCAUUCAGCAAUGGCAAGCCACAAGACACCCUCCUUGCACGGCCCAUCGUGCAACUGAGCUGCGACGUCCCUCGUCCGAAGAAUCAGGCAAUGGUACAAUGUAAGAGCAGUGAAAGUGAUGUUCCACAGCUCCCACAGUGGACAGAUCAUUGGGCAAAGCCGAGAAAGUCAUGUACAUGCCAUACAUUCUCGAAGCAUGUGCCCGGACAACCCGUCGCCUGGCGUGGGAACUACUGGGUGUAUGCCAACCAGGUGUUGAGUCAGCGAUUCGCCUGGCCCAAGGACAUAACGCCGGCAUCUGAUGAUGUGACCGACGAUGUGCCCAUUCGUGCUCUGUUAGAAGGAUGGGAUGCUGUUGCCAAACGAGGCCCAUUGCACCCUUCGUGGCAGAUCCUCCGGCAGAUCGACGAGAAUUUGUUCUGUACAUGUUCAAAGACCGAACGACUGGCCUGCAUGAGGGCGAUGCAUGCACUCAUUCAGUUUCACACCCAGUCCAACUCGCGCUUUUUCCAGCGCUUACCUCCGUGGUACAUGCGUCGUCCUUCGCAAUCAAUCGCGCAUUCCUACGCAAUCGACUACUACGCCUGGCCUGGGCUCCGCGAGCGUUUCAUCUUCGGUGAGCAUAACUAUUGUGGGAACGAAUUUUGGCAUCUGUUCUGCAAGAGCCUGCGUAUACUGUGGCCGUACGAAUUCCGAGACUGCUACACGCACGAGGUGGAAACUGGGUUGUACAAGAUCAAUCCCACGUUUGACCAAAGAUUGUCUGAUAUCAAAUGUUGGACAAUGGGGCCCGAUAUCUUUCAGCGAUACCCAGAACUUUACAGUGAUAUGCCUUCAUUCAACCAGAUUCCGCAGAAAAUGUCAACUCGAGUGUCAACGCAAGAGAACAACUCCAUUGCCAGGCCUAGAUCACCCAGGGCCGCAACAUCAUCGCCCAACGAGCAAGAAGAAGUCAUCAAGCUUCCACCUGCAUCAGCCCACUACGUACCUAUGCAGCAUAAUUAUAUGCAUGUGCAGCAAUCACAUACACAGGCGUACCUUCAGGACGGACAAAAUGGUGAUCACUCGAAUUCGAAUCCGCACGCAUAUAAUCUGUCCGAGAUCACGCCCAUGAUGGCCCUAGACGCAUUUGCGUACGGUGCCAUUAGUGAGGUCGACUUCGCCACCGUCUAUCAUUCAGAAGCGAUGGAGGGAUACCCUAAUAUGAACUUCUAAUUCGAGAGUAUCGAAAAUCUACAUGAAAGUCGGCCGACUCGAAGCGAUUUUACAAGCAGCGCAACAGUUCAUAUUUUUCCAGUCUCAGAUGAUUAGCCUGCGUGGUUUCCUACUCUUCCUGGGCUCGGCAAACACGAUGACGUUUUGUAAGGGUAGUCUUUUGAUAUGGGAUAUUCUGCUGCGAUUUUUUUCCGCCCGGACGUAUCCGAACGAGCACAAGUUGUUUUGAUCACUCAAUAUGUUGUGAGAUCUGGUGCUCCUUAUGUGCCGCAUGUACAGAUUCUGCUUAUGCAACAUAUGCAACACGAAUAUACUGUACAUAUUUCACCAAUCUACCACCCUCUCCCACCCGACGAUUACCUUCGGGGCAAUCAAGCCAUAGGUUUUGUGCUUAUUCCAACACCUUCACUCGUAGAAGGGGGAGGUGGUCAUUGAUCAGGAACACUUUAUCUGCCGUGAUUCAGAUGACACGUCUGAGCACAGACCCAUACAUCAUCUAGAGCAUGCAACGGAUGUUUGUUGGGUUCGGCAAAAAUUCAACAGUGGUGCCUAUGAGGAAUAAUGGCAGAGCGGGACGUCAAUAAAGUAGACAUUACAUGGUGAACACAUUCCUGACUUACAAUUAUUCGCAAGCUGGUGUUUCAAAGCUAUCAACGUCUGUUAUUCAGAGAAAGAUAUGUUCCAGGAUGGCAUCACCACGAGCACCACCUGUGUUGAUUGCUGGGGGCCAAUGUCAUUUGCCCCAUUUCUUGCGCAAAACUAUUGCUGAUGGUGUGGUGUCGCGCAAAUUGACCCUGAACUGCCAUAUCAAAGAGAGAGUCAUUAAUAGCAAACUACAGAAAAGAUUGUGUCUCUACGUUUUCCAUGUAUGUAGUUGAAUGCGACGUACAC